UCCAUGAAAAUCGAAGAUCCAGCGUGUUGUGGUUCCGGAUGUACCAACUGUGUGCUGGAUGUGAAACCUUCGAAGCAUGCGCUUCCUGCUGAUGUGACGAACGUUUUCGAUCGAACAUACAAAACGUUCGUGUGCGAAGCAAUCACUCAGGCAACGACGAAUGUAUUCCUGUUCCGGUUCCGAUACGUUCCCAGUGCGGUGGUCAUCGAUCGAGAGCGUCUGAUUGUACCUCCUGGAUGUCAUUUAAUGCUAAGAACGCUUAGAACGUACAACUCGGCCAGUAUAGGAAACCAUCUGUUUGAAGCCUGGCGCGAAGAGUCCUCAAUCGUGGCAAUCGAUUCCUCCUCUGUCGGGAUUGUAAAGAAAGCGAUAGAAAAGCAUGAUAAAGCUGAAGAUGACCUUUACUUUAGCCGUCCGUACACGCCGAUUGCUUUCGAUCCAGAGCAGGGUACAUUCGAUGUACUGAUAAAGCUGGAACCUGGCGGUCUCAUGUCCAACUACCUAGCAACCCUCACAGUCGGAUGUCACACCGAAUGGAAAGGAGUUUACGGGGAUUUUCUAUGGCAACGUAACCAACACCGUACCGUGGUUGCGUUCGUGCAAGGCGUUGCCAUAGCACCGGUCUACAGCACGCUGCGUGCGAUUCUAGACGAUGAUGAGGAUGAAACCCGACUCAUGCUUUGCGCAUGCUUUCGCGAUCUUCCCAACGUGCUUUUACGGGACGACCUGCACGCAUUGGCAAGCUACUGGAACUUCAAAUAUGCCAUCUACCUAUCCCGUCGAAGCUGUGCGUGUCACGAAAACCUGGAAAACUGUACUUGCAAUGCGAAAUACCAUCUCCGAUACAAUGAACCAAUCUACGAUCGACGGCUCGAAGCGGAAGACAUCGAACGGCUGCUCGGAAGAGCACUUUCGGACGGCAAACAAUCACUUCUAGUAUUACUUUGCGGCACGGUACCGUUUACCGCGUUUAUCAAGACUAGUCUAGCGAAGAUGGAAAUAGAAAAUUGUUACACGUUUUGAAAA